AUGCGCAACGGCCCGCGGCGCACCGAGCGGCUCAUAAGGCUUGUCGGCCCGGACGAGGUGGACACGGGCAGGCAGUUGGCCGGCGCGCAGGUCUUCCUGGAGUUCACGGCGAGGAUCCACGACGUGCAGGAGCCGCAGGCGCUCUGCAUCUCGCCCGAGCUCCAGGGCUGCGGGCCAAUCUCCGCGCUCUUCACCUCGCACCGCGGCGCGUGGUUCGAUCCGAAGCUGAGCGAGCGCAAGAGAUUCUUCAUCGACCACGUCGCCAACUUCGUGGAAAUAGUCGUCAGCGACUUGUACUUCCCAAUCGGUCCUGAGACGACGGACGACAAAGACGUCUACCCCGUCCAGUACGUUGUUGAGGCGAGGUGCUGCGGGGUCACCGCGUCGACCGUGCCGAUGCACCGCCCCAAGGCGGCGUGGAAGCGCCUCAUGGUGGUGGAUCCCUACAAGAUCUCGUUCCAGGACGCCCGGCUCUUCCUGCCGCUGCGGCCCGGCGCGUGGUUCUCCGAGCUCCCGCACCAGCGGCCGGCGGUGGAGCUCCGCGUCCUGUGCAGGGAGCAGUCGGAGCCGAUCACGAUGAACUUCAAGGAGUUCCUCGGCGGCGGCAGAGCCGUUCCCCGGCAAGCGCCAGACUUCGUGCCUGUAUUCCACGGCCGCUUCUCGCUAGACGAGAUGGUUGUCGACCACACCAAGGAUAACAGGCGUGUCGGCCUGAACCCAGUGGACGAGCUCGAGGCCACCUACAACCUGACGACUGGCGAGAGCAGCGUGACCGACAAGGCCUGCGAGGUUCUCCUGAGCGCCACUCUCCGCGACCGCGACUACGUCCUGCUGCACGGCGCCGCCAAGCAGGAGCUGGGCCAGUCGAGGGGCGUGAUCUGCGUCGGCGACAAGGUGACGCUGCAGGUGGAGGAGCCCCAGGUCUACCCCCGGAGCGCCCUCGACUUCCGGCACCGCAUGCUGCCCGGCGAGUACAAGCCGGAGUUCGCGGUCCGCCGAGGCGCGUCCGCGCUCGCGCCGGUGGCCCUGCGGGAGCCCGCCCUGCAGCACGAGUACCACGACAGCCGGCUGAGCUCCGUGCCGGGCGCGCCGCCCUUCAGGCAGGGCUUCAUACCCAAGGCCGCCGAGGACGUGGUCCCCUACAGGUACGUCCUGCCGAAGUCGGAGGCGGACUUCCUGCGGGAGGGCCGGGCCGGGCAGUUCUGGCGCGUCAUGGAGGACCUCUCGGCGAAGUACCUCACGGAGCGGUCUGCUCCGCAGCGGGCCGACUCCGGCAUUGCCUCGCUGGGCUCUGGCCGGCCUCCCCAAAAGGAUCUGAUCAUCAUCUGA